AUGCUUUCUGAGACGACUACGCUGCCCAAAGCUCCGGGAAGCGCCCUCGACGCAGUCGUUGGCAUACUUUCAAAAUACCAAGGCGGCGAGUACUACACAUAUGAAGAUAGCGAUACUUGGUACAUCGGCAUUGGCAGCCAUGCCUCACUGGUAGUUUCACCAGAUGGUAAAACCGCAACCAAGUUUAGCCAUGACGAGAAGAAAGAGUCCUUCCCUGUCGCUGGGUCUUUAAACAACACUGCUAGAGCCUUCGUGACAGAGAAUUCUUCCCUCGGCAGGAUCUUUGGCCAAGUUGGUUUCAAUUACUCUGCUAUCGUCUCUGGCCAGUCAUACAAUUGUGGUCACUGGCCAGUACUGAGCCUGGUAGACCUCAUUGGUGGUGCCAUUCCGACUUUGUCUACUGCCUUCAUGGAAGUCGAUGUGGAGAUGGGUCGUGACGACUACAUCUCACGAGUCGGGCUGGCCAUAUCGCAAAUCAAGGAAGGCAGAUAUUGCAAGGCCAUUCCCUCUCGAAUGGUCAAUCUACCAAAGCGUGUUGACAUGCUGGCUACUCUUUACCAUGGCCGGCGUGCUAAUACCCCAGCGCGAACGUUUACCGUUAGCCAUGCUGGAAUACAAGCUACAGGAUUCAGUCCCGAGGUACUGCUGUCCAUCAAGAAUGAUACUGUAUUCACCGAAGCCCUUGCGGGUACACAGCUAUCCAAUGCAGCAGACUCGAAACUCACUAAUAAUGCGCUACUCAACGAUCCUAAGGAAGUCAUGGAGCACUGCAUCGCUAUCAAGGGCUCAAUCCGGAGAUUGAGUCACAUUUGUCCCCCAGAGAGUAUUUCCGUCAAAGAUUUCAUGUCAUUUAUGCCUCGAGGCAAUGUACAGCGUCUCUUUUCUCACGUCUCAGGCACUCUCAGACCUGGAACUGAUGGCUGGGACGCUCUCCUGGGUUUGGUUGCAAACAUUACCGUUCCAGGCAUGCCGGGUCAGGGAAACAUGGAGGCUAUCAACACUUUUGAACCGCACCCCAGGGACAUGUACUGCGGAGCAGUACUCAUGCUAGAUCCUGCGGCCAGCUUGUUCGAAGCAACACUCGUUAUUCGCACGGUCUUUCAGGAUGAGCAGCGUCAAUGGCUGCAAGCUGGUGCCGGGGUCACUGCUCUUUCUAAGCCGGAGCGAGAAUUCACAGAAACUUGUGAGAAGUUGGGUAGCAUAUUUCCCUACGUGGUGGCAGAAACAGAGGCGUGA